CGAACCUUUACCAAGAGGGCCAAAAAAAAAAAUGUUGUCGACCGAUAUUUCACCGCACUCUCAAAUUCACGUAGAGCAAAUUAAUGGCGGUUAUCCCUCAGACAACGACGACAACGGGUCCUCCGAUCUCUCUGUUUCUGCUAAGUACGAGGAUCUUGUUCGCAGCUCCGAUCUUUUCUGGGAAAAGCUCCGGUCUCUCCUCAGAUUCUCCGGUAAAUCUUUGAAAGUUCCUACUGUGGGUGGAAAUACUCUAGAUCUUCAUCGGCUUUUCAUUGAGGUCACAUCUCGAGGUGGCAUUGACAGGGUGAUUAAGGAUCGAAAAUGGAAAGACGUGAUAGGGGCAUUCAAUUUCCCAACAACGAUAACGAGCGCAUCUUUUGUCUUAAGGAAGUAUUAUCUCAAGCUGCUUUAUCAAUUGGAGCAGGUGUAUUGCAUCCAAAAACCGGUUUCUUCAAUGUCAUCGACAGAUGAAGCAAUGAGGAGUCUUGUCAAUGUAUCCCCAACCACUGAAGAAGGCAGCCAGGAACUGCAUGUUGGCUGUUCUGUUUAUGGAAUUAUUGACGGGAAGUUUGAUAACGGAUAUUUGGUGACCAUGAGGACGGGAUCAGAGGAGCUCAAAGGCGUGCUUUAUCACAUUCCUCAAACGCCUUGUCCUCCACACAAUCUGAAAACUUCUUCAGCCGUACCGUCAAGGCGGCAUAAGAAGAGACCAAGACUGGCUCUGGUGGAUUCUCAACGACCUAAAUGCCACAGAAGUGGCUACAACUUCUUUUUCGCGGAGCAGUAUGCAAGGCUUAAACCCGAAUACCAAGGGCAAGAACGAGCUCUCACCAAGAAAAUCGGGCACAUGUGGAGCACUCUCUCGGAAUCUGAAAAACAGGUUUAUCAAGAGAGAGGGGUGAAGGAUGUGGAGAGAUACAGGACGGAAAUGUUGGAAUACAAAUCUUCAUACGAGGCCAACGCGGCUGCAGCACAGUAGUAGCUCCUCUUCUCAUACUCUGUGUAUGUAACAUCUCUCUCUCUCUCUCUCCCCCCUUUUCGUACUUUUGAAAUGUUCUUUGUUCAAUCAGCUGCAUUAGGGUAGUGAGGUAUUUGUAGCAACUGUGGCGGACGCUUAGUAAAAGAUCAUUUUGUAGUGUUACUGGAUCUAGCCAUAGAUGCAGAUGCGGAAUCUUGUCAAACUCUUAAAAUAUGAGCUUUUUCUUUUCAAUUUGGUGCUUUUGGUA